CAUUUCUAGUCGUAAGUAAUGGCUAUUAUUGGGUACUAAACGAGAGGCAAACGCCCCGACCAUACAAUGUCGCGGGACAUGUCUCUCAACUGUUCCCCAAGUAUAAGAUCAUUGACGAUAUAUACACCGAUCCAAUCAACGAAGUGGAUCCCAAAAUAUUUCUUAUCUCUCACUCUUCCCGAAGGGGCGUUCGGAUCGCGUGUCAAGAAUUUGACGGCCAGUUCGACACACAUAAUAAUUUCUGUCACUUACCCGUCAAUAAGAGAUGGCACUCAGCCCUCAAAGACCUGGACCUCACCAAACCUAUAGACGCGGCGACCUGGAGGAAUAGGUCCAAAGACAAGGACGAGGGCUUCUGGGUCUUCUUCCAAGGCAUGUCCGCCCUAUACUCCCUAUGCUAUACAUACGAUGCGAUUAUAUG